AUGGAUUACCCGCCCUACUCCUAUCCCUCUCGGGGCGGUCGUCCACCAGUCAAUCGCACGGAUCGCUCUUGGACUCAGGGCGGCGUUGAGUAUAACGAGGAAACUACAAGCUACGCGAGCCCCGGUUUCGUUUUCGAGAUGAGCAGCACGACUUCACACGGCGGUGGGAGGAGUCGAAGAAGUGAAGGGCCGAGUUUGUUCGGGGCGGCGGUGGGGUUGUUGGGGGAUGUGUUUGCUGCGAGGCAGGCUGCGCAGCAGGACAGGGGUGGAAGAGGAGGUAGGAGGGAUGGGGAGGAUAUGGCGUAUGGAGGCGGGGUGCACGAGGAGGGGAGUUCAAGGAGGAAGUCGAGAGGGAUUCUGGGGAGUAUGGCGGAGAAGCUGCUUAAUGGACAGCAAGGACGGCAGAGUGAGCGGAGGGGCCAGCGCGGAAGAGAGCGAGAGGCGAGCAGGGCGAGAGGAUACGGAAGAUCGCGAAUGGAUCGGAGGGAAGAACGGAGGGACUCGCAUACGAGCCGUAAGAGUGCGUACACCGACGAGACUUCGGACGAGGAAAGCAAUGAGUACGAUUCAGACGACUCCGAUCUACCGCGCCGACGACAGCCGAGGAGAGCGUUCACGGCGGACGAUGCAUCGUUGAUCCAAGAACUCGAGGACAACGUGGAGCGCCAUCGACGGGAAAUGAAGAGGUGUCAGAAGCAGCUUGACGCGGCUUCGAGAGCGCCAUAUGUGAGAUCGUCGGUGGUACGCGGGUUGGAGAACGAGAUGAGGAUCCACGAGAGCGCGCAUCUGGAUGCUGUUGACAAUUUGAGGAGGGCGAAGGAGGGCGCUAGGAACAAGUGGACCAGGCAGAGGACGAGCGAUCACCCUAGAAGGAGGGAAGGGCCAUCAAGAGAAAGCUCUUUUGAAACUUACGUGGACGAUGACUUCGAGCACUUCGCCCAGCCACGCCGCAACACGUCGGCCUCGUAUGUCCGCGUGGACGGGUUCGACCCGUUCGGCUACCCCUUUGCGGCAUUCGAAAACAUAUUCCACGGCUUGGGCGGCGGCUUCUCACGCACGCACCCGCUGCAUGAAGCCUUCUUCGGCAUGCCGCAUGCCUCCUCCACCUUCGGCCCAGAACCCAACACUCGCCCUCGCGCUUCCAGAAACACGCGCCAGCACUCCUACCCCUUCUCCAGCUUCCACCAACAUCCCCCUCCACCAGCCCCACCAUCGACCCUCCUAACGCCAGAGGAAGCCAAACGCCUCUUCAAACCCUACAACGACCGAUGGCUGUCCCUCUCACCCACUGACCCCAACAUCCCCUACCCCACCCGCACCCUGUCCCCCUCCGCCCUCGCCUCCCGCUCAACCCUCUACGCCCAGAACCUCUCCUCGCCAAUCUCCACCUGGUCCGACGAACUAGUCAUGCAAGCGAACACGCAAGCCUUCUUCCUCGGCGCCGCAGGCUUGGCACCUUCGUACACUGACUCUGGACCCACUGGACAAGUGGUGCUUGGGUUUGAUCGCAAGACAGCUGGAGCGGAGCGGGUGAGGCAGUUGAUUGAGAUGCUGAAGAAGGAGAAAGGGAGGUGGCACUCUGAUCGUUUGGGGAGGAGGAAUGGAGGGGGGCAGGGGGCUAAUGAGGGGUUGGCGGGGGAUGCGAGGGCGAGGGCGGUGUUUCAUGGGGUUUGUGAGUUGAUGACUUUUGCUCUGGGUGGAUGA